AUGGGGGCCUUUGUACAGGGUGGACGAAUACCAGGCUGCAUCAACUGUCCACAAGCAGUGCCUGUAUUUUCCGGCUGCAUCAGCUACAUAACUCUGGAUACGUACCCUGGGCUGUUUACCCUGGACCAUAAUAUCCGGUCCACAAUACCCCGGUCUAUAGUACCCUGGCUACGCGUGACCCCGGGCCGCUUGACCCCGGGCUGGAAUAGUUGUAAUGUGGUGUCCGGACAGGUGGCUGGCCAUAUAAAGAACAGUCUUAGUGUUAACGACUGUGGUGUGCCCGCGGGCGUUGUGAAAUACAGUAACUUUGUUCGCUGUAUCUUAACUGCGAUGGAUUGUUCUCUGUUGGGGGGUAAAGCCUUGAAGAUAUAUGUAAGUCUGCCGGAUGACGUUCUAGUAAAUUACAAGUUGUUAAAAGACGCGUUAUUGAAAGGAUAUAAUGUUGAUGUUGAUUCCUACCGUAAGAAGUUUAAGGAGAGUAAGGUGGGUGAAAACGAGACGUACGUACAGUUAAUGUCUCGGCUGAUUAGGUAUUUAGAUAACUGGCUAAUUAUGAGUGACGUCACGAAGAACUACGAGGAGCUGUUUGACUUCUUAGUUCGCGACCAAAUGUUAAGCAAUUGUCUGUUUGAACUUCGCGUUUUUCUUAAGGAGCGAGUUUUUGAAACUACUCUUGACAUGGCGCAAGCAGCCGAUAGGUUCCGUAGUGCACACAAAUCUCCCAAAUUCCGUAAAAUGCCUAUCAAGGAAGAUCCUGAUACAAAGAACGGUACAAAAUCUGGCGUUAGGGAUAAGAUCGUGUGUCACCACUGUUCCAAGCCAGGUCAUAUACGUCCUUCUUGCCCUGACUUAAUGCUUGGUAAAAGCAAAUCCUCUCAAAGGGUCAACUUUGUGUUUGACUCUGACCUCUCUCCCAACAAUAGCAUCACGUGUGAGGGAAUGUUAUAUAAUAGACCCGUACAUGUACUCUUUGAUUCUGGCUGUUCGUCUAUCAUCGUUAAGGAAUCGCUCAUCCCCGCCACGGCCAAGCGAGGGAAAAUGGUCACUCUGUACGACUACCUGGGAGUGGGCCGGAGUUUUCCAACUGUGCGUUGCCUUAUAAAGAGCGAAUUUUUGAAUGGGUGGUACAACGUUGUUGCUGCUCCUAUUAAGUUCACCGAUGUUCUUGUGGGUAUGGUGCCGGGUGUCUCAGUGCCAUCCGUGAAUAACCCUAACCUUAGCAUAUCGGUAAAUUCUCCCCGCACAGAUAUCGGUAACGCGGAUGUUGUUAAUGCAGUUGUUACGAGGGCUGCUAAAAUAAAGGAAGAUGCCGAACCAGCAAAACUGACGGUUCCUCAUUUUCAGUUUAAUAGUGUAUCUAAGGAUGAUUUUCUGAGUGCUCAGACUGAAUGUUCUUCUCUCGAAAACAUCAGAGAUAAAGUAAAAAGCAAGUCUCUAGUAAAUGUAAAGAGUCGUUCUGUUAGAUACGAAAUUGUGAAAGGCUUAAUUUACCGAGUGUGCGUUAAAAGCAAGCACAAUCAUGAAAUAGGUGUUAAGCAGUUGGUAGUACCUCGUAAGUUUGUAGAUUUAAUUCUUUCAACCGCUCAUGACUCUCCUGUGGCAGGUCAUUUUUCUCACAGGAAAACCGCUGACAAGAUUUUUCAUAAAUUUUUCUGGCCAGGUGCGGGAGCGGAAAUAAAACGGUACUGUCGUUCAUGUCACGUGUGUCAGAAGACGGCUCCUAAAGGUAAAAUAGGGAGAGCACCCAUGGUUCAGAUGCCGAUAAUAAGCGAGCCUUUUGCCAGGGUUGCAAUUGAUCUUGUGGGGCCGAUAACACCUGCUUCUAGCAGAGGCCAUAAGUAUAUUCUAACGCUAAUUGACAUGGCAACUAGAUUCCCGGAAGCAGUACCCUUACGGAAUAUAGAUACUGUCACUGUAGCAGAGGCUUUGCUAAGUAUUUUUUCGCGUGUGGGAAUACCGAAAGAAAUACUUUCCGAUCGCGGAACCCAGUUCAAAUCGGAUUUAAUGGCAGAGAAAAACAGAAUGCUCUCAAUAAAGGCAUUAUUUACAAGUCCAUAUCAUGCUUGCUGCAAUGGAACUGUGGAGCGAUUUCACGCAGUGUUAAAGUCCAUGCUUAAAAAACUCUGCGGAGAACGACCCCACGACUGGGAUCGCUACAUCCCGUCUGUUCUAUUCGCGUACCGCGAGGUUCCUAACGAUACUCUGAAAUUCAGUCCAUUCGAAUUGCUGUACGGUCGCAAAGUGCGCGGUCCACUGUCCAUUCUUCACGAUCUAUGGACCAGAGAUGACCUUAAUGAUGAGAUCAAAAGCACUUAUCAAUACGUUCUUGAUUUGCGAUCCCGAUUAGAGGAAUCCGCCCAGUUGGCUUCAUCCCAUGCAGAUGUUUCUGGUAAAAUGUACAAAGCCUAUUUUGACAGAAGUGCUAAAGUACGCAAAUUAAACGAAGGCGACGAAGUACUUGUUUUGCUGCCAACAUCUCACAACAAGUUAACAAUGCAGUGGAAGGGACCUUAUUCGGUAGUGAGGAAGCACGAUAACGGCGUAGACUACGAGGUAAAGAUUAAUACGAAAAAGAGAUUAUAUCACAUAAACAUGCUUAAGAAAUAUGUGAGGCGUGACGAUGUUUCUUCUUCGCAAGUAUGCCAGGUGUGCGUCGUAGACGAUCUUCCAACCUCCGAGGAAAAGGCGAGUUUUGCUUGCGAUAUCCCUGACUUGUACGAGGCUAAUAAAUGUACAGUAAACAUUAAUCCUGAACUGUCGAGUAAGCAGACAGCAGAGUUAAAACAGCUAGUAGCUGAAUUCUCUGACGUAUUCUCAGAUAAACCAGGUGUAACUAGCACGGUCAUACAUGACAUUGAAUUGUCAACAGUUGUCCCUGUUCAUACCAAGCCGUACCCUAUUCCCCAUCAUCUCAGAAAAGCUUUUGAUGAGGAAGUGGAUAGAAUGUUAGCUUUAGGCGUUGUUGAACAUUCUACAUCUCCCUAUUGCUCACCCGUUGUGCUAGUUAAAAAGGCCGAUAAUUCAUGGCGCUUUUGCGUAGAUUUUAGGGCUCUGAACGACGUGAGUGUUUUCGACGCAGAACCAAUGCCAACGAUGGAUGAAGCAUUAGGUAAUUUUGUGGGAGACGUUUACUUCACUGAAUUAGAUCUUUGUAAAGGCUAUUGGCAAAUUCCUUUAUCUCAGAAGGCAAAAUCGUACACAGCUUUUGCUACUCCUAAAUACGGACUUCUGCAGUUCAAUAAACUUCCGUUUGGUUUACGCACGGCGUGUGCCAGUUUCAUUAGAUUAAUGCGUAAAGUUACUGCAGGUUUGACGAAUGUAGAGUGCUACUUUGAUAAUUUGGUGGUGCAUAGCUCGUCAUUUCGUAAGCACUUGGUUCACAUAAGGAAUCUUCUGGAAAGAUUGCGUGAGCACGGGUUAACUGCUGGGCCUAGUAAAUGUUUUCUAGCUUUUCCCAAUAUUAAAUAUCUUGGAUUUAAUCUUGGUGAGAAGGGCUUGAGUACCCUUCCAGAUAAGGUUGAGGCAAUCAAAAAUAUGCCGAUACCAGAAACCAAGAAACAACUACGAAGUUUUCUUGGAACACUUUCAUUCUAUCGGAAGUUCAUUCCUAAUUUAGCUGACCUCGUACACCCUUUGAACUCUCUUCUGAAAAAAUUUUCUCCUAAUAAGCUGAAUUUAACUCCUGAUCAUUAUAAGAGAAUCGACGAAUUAAAGGAUAUGUUAGCCAAUGCACCAAUCUUAACUCUGCCUGACUAUGAAAAGACUUUUUAUCUCCGAACAGACGCCAGCGACACAGGUCUUGGGGCGGUGUUGCUACAGAAUGUUGAUAAUGUUCUCAUGCCAAUCGCUUAUGCGAGUAGAAAGCUCUCUGACUCGGAAGGGCGUUAUGCCGUAAUAGAAAGAGAAGCUUUAGCUAUCGUCUGGGCUAUUAAAAAGUUCUGGUGUUAUCUUUAUGGCCGCGAGUUUGUCUUGCAAACCGAUCAACAACCGUUAACAUACAUCAGAAACAUGAAGAACAGCAAUGGUCGUCUUAUGCGUUGGUCACUGGCUCUCCAGUCUUAUGCAUUUACGAUAGAGUAUAUCAGAGGUCAAGAUAAUGUUGGCGCAGAUAAUUCUUAG